GAGCCUUGUCCGCCAACCGCAAGCAAGCUUUACCCCACUCCCAAUGACCUCCGAACUACGACAUCAGUGGAAACGUAAACAUCCGUCCAUCGAUUGCCCGCCGUUCUUAUCAGCGAUCCCCCAUCUUCGCCAUCCGCAUAGCUCUCUCUCAUCAUAGCUUGCCAAAUCCCACUAGAUUCCCCCUCUUCACCUUACCUGAGCUCUGCGUCCCCCAGCCAUGUCUUCCUACCUUAGAACCACCACUCGCCUCACCCCCCUGCUUGCAACCCGAGCAGCCAUCGUCCGCCCAGCUACAGCCUCCUUCCUCCCCUCGCACCGUAACGCCUUCGCCACCAGCGCAGCGAAAAUGGCCGCCGCUCCCAUUCAAGGCAUCUCCAGCGGGCCCGCCCUCGCGGAGCUCAACGCCGACAUGAUCCCCCACCUCCCCAGCCACAGCCCGCUCCUCUUCGCCCAAAAGAAAGCAAAAAGCCUCUCCUUCGAAGAGAUUGCGCGCGCCCUCAACCGCGACGAAGUAGCCGUCGCCGCCCUCUUCUACGGCCAAGCCAAAGCCUCUGCCGAAGACGUCACGGCGCUGUCGAAGCUGCUCGACAUCUCCGAGGCGACGCUGCUCGCGACGGACAUCACGUCCAUCCCGGACCGCGGGCGCACCAUCAUGCAGAUGCCGCCGCGCGAGCCGCUGAUUUACCGCUUGUUCGAGGUGGUGCAGAACUACGGGUAUGCGUACAAGGCGGUGCUGAAUGAGAAGUUUGGCGAUGGGAUUAUGAGUGCGAUUACGUUUAGUACAAAGGUGGAGAAGGAGACGGAUGAGAAGGGGGAGUGGGUGAAGAUUACGCUGCGCGGGAAGUGGCUGCCGUAUUCCCGCUUCUAGAUUGAUCGGAGCUCGUCCAGGAAUGAAAAGGUGGAAGGACGGAGGGAGAUACACGAUGCAGUCAGACUUCAUCUCAAACGGAGCCGCCUGAAAGUCGUGACUGGGCCGCAUGCAACUUACACGUGACUGACGCAAUGUAAUUACCACAUUUACACGACGAUUGGUAAAGGUCGCACAAACUUUUCAUG